AUAAGUUUGAAAAUUUGAAUGAAAAAUUUAUUUUUUCUUCUAAUCAAAAAUCUUCUAUUUUUUUUCUAAAGUCUUCUUUAUUUGCCUUUCAAUUCCUACUAUUUUUAAGUUUAAAGAUAUCUUAAUAUUUUCUAAACAAGACUUCCAUAUGAGCAGUAAAGCCUUCGAAAUCCUAGAUAAUUUAGGAUGUCCUCGAAUAGUCUGCGGACAUCCAACUUAGUAGGUUAUUGCUACAGAAUCAGGAUGUUCUCUACUGUUUUGCGAUUUAGCAAAUGAUAAAAAAAUAAAGAUGCACAGACAUGAAAACAAUAUUUCUGACAUAUUGAUCAGCGAAAAGUAUCUCUUUUCAGUUGAUUAAGGUCCAAAAGUGAGUGUCUUAAUCUCAGAUAUAAACACUCUGAAAAGAAUUUAUUAAUUUUACUUACCUCCUCACAAACUAAGAGGAGAUAAACCCACCCAUAGUGUUCUAUUGGCCUACUCGGACAAAUUCUAAAGAAUCGUUUUACUUGAAAACGAAUAUGCCGGAGGUUACAGAAUAACUGGAUGGGAGUUCAAAUAAGAAAAGCUAGUUAAAUUAUUUUUUGUUGCUGAUAUCGAAACAACUUACAGAUGCCUUUCACUGUAAAUUUUAGAAAAUGCUAGCGAUUUGAUUGUUGUUACAGCUGAAUAAUGUAUGAUUAAAUACUGGAAAAUAGAAUCUAAGCAAGCUAUUUUGACUAACAGAAUUCAUAUCAAAGAAGAGAUAGGUUAAGUUUUAUCAGAUAACAACUACAGAAUUAUCUUAGCACUAACUAAAACAGGAAAAAUCAUAUUACUAAAUUCAUAAGGUGAUUAUUUGGAUACGAUUAAAGGAGAAAAGCCAUUCAGUUGCAUGGCUGCUUUCUCAACUUUUUGCUUUUUUGGCACAAUAUUUGGAAGCAUUCAAAUAUUUGAUUUAAAAAAAAAUCAGAAAAUAAAUGAAAUUCCUUAUUUGUAAGAAAUAAAAGACAGCCUUUGUCUAGAAAAAGAAUUAGAUGAGGUAGUUGAAAGAGAGGAUGGUCUAGAAGCGAAUUAUAAUAGCUUUAGUGGGAAAUCAUCCUCUUUUAAUUAAUCUUAAAUUAGCAAUGUUAUAGAACCAAUAACAAAAAAGUCAUCUAAAAGUUACUUAAAGCUGCUGUAACAAGGACCACCUGUCAUAAUUUUGAGAAUUUUAAAUUAGGGAAAUAUGAUCAAUAUUACUUAUGCUGAUGGAUUGCAAUUAACAUAUGACGUUUCCUCUAAUAAAGUGAUAUCUUAGUAAAUAGGCCACUACGAAAAGAUCAACCAAAUUGAAUGGGAUUUAGAAAGUCAAUCAAGAUUUUUUUCAGUUGGAUCUGAAGGAUAUUUUGCUGCCUGGAAUCUUUAUCAAGAUAGAUGGGUAGGAAAAAUUUUAGAUAUUCACAAGACAUUUGAUAAGGAAUAGUAAACAUUAUGCAGCUUAUCAAGAAAAAAUCACUUUAUUUAACUUACUGGUUCUUAGGAUUCUAUUUUAUCUUCUCAACCCAAAUAGACAAACAAUAUAUUUAAUAAAGAACCUCAGUAAAAAAUAAAGCUUACUUCGAUAGUAACUAAUUAUUCUUACAAAGAAAUUUAUAUUGGAGACAGUAAGGGCUAUAUAACAACACUGGAUUAUGAGACAUUGCAGCCUACUAAAAAACAUAAAGUCUGCAAUUUUAAAAUAAAAAAAAUGAAACUAUGUCCUCAAAGUUCAUAUCUUGCAGUGGUUCUUUCAACAGGAAUGAGUAUCCUUUUAGAUAUACUCAAUUAAUUUUAGUUAGUCUUAAAAAUAGAAGACCAUAUUCAUUCCAUCUCUCCUACAAAUCAAAAAGGUUAUUUUAGAGAUAUUCACUGCAUUUUAGACAGUAGUGUAACCUCAAAUGAAGAAAAGAUAAGGCAAGUUACUAGACUUUCUAAUCAAGUAAAGAUAUCGUAAAAUAUCAGUUAAACUUUACAGCAGUAAUAAAUACAAAAAAUGAAGCAAUCAUCUAUGAAUAAUAGUAUGAUAUAAGACUCUCUUAAGAAAAUUAAAUUAUAAAGUAGUUAAACAAAAUUUAAUGCAGGAAGUUACUUCAAUUAAUUAAAUGAGUAGGGCGGAUUAAAGUCUAAUAAUUGGUAAUCUUAAGGUAAAAGUAGCUAUAAGAAGGAAGAUCCUAACUAAUUUUUAGUUAUAGCUACAAAUACUCAUAAUCAAAUGAGACUUCACAGUGUACAAAUCAAUGUACUUGAUGACUCUGUUACAGGUAUGGCUCUAAUGAUAUAUUAGACAGAAGGGAGAAUUACAGGAUGUGAUAUACACCCUUCCAGAGAAUAUAUCCUUAUUUUGGAUGAUAUUGGAUUUGCUUAUCUCUACAAGAUAAGAAGUGGGGAAUUAAGAGGUCGCAUCGAAGUUCCAUAGUUUAGUUCCAAUGUUUCGAUCGACCCUAGCGGUUUAUAUUUUGCUAUAAAUUCGUACUAGUAAUAUCCAGAAUAUUAUAUCAGUGACACUGAGGAAGAUAAUGAAGAAAAUGCUGAAGACGGGUAAGACUAUCAAGAAGAAGAAGCAGCAGCAGCAGAAAAUGGGCCUAGGAAUUAAAAUGGUUAGCAAACUUUCAAAAAAGCAAAAGAAGAAAAUUUUCAAGUAAAAAAGGGUAGUAAGAAUGGCAGUUAAGCACUGGAUAAAAUUCAGAAAUCUUACAUGAUGAGAGAAUUCGGUAAAAUAAAAGACCCUCAUGCAAUUUAGAAAGAAGUUUAAAGAGAUAUCAAUCUAUAUGAAUAGAAUGCCCAGUCGUAAUUAUAGAUUCCAAAUGGAAACCAUUAAAGCUAGGAAAUAAAGCCUGUAAAAUAUUUUGAUGCUAUAGAAAGCUUUCUGCACUCAAGCAAAUAUGUCAUUAAACCUAAAAUGGUACUACUCUACGAGCUUGGUACUGGUAAGUAAGCAGGAUUCAUCUAGAAUUUGUUUAAUGCGUCUACUAUUAAAUUCUCUCACAAUUCAGAGUAUUUAGCUGUAUCAAGUUCUUUUGGAGCUCUUUCUUUGUGGGGACUGAACGAUGACAUUGCUCAAAAUAUUUAGGGAGUUUUUUAGCAAAUGGAAUCAUCUCCAACAUUCUGGUCUAACUUCCCAAUUUAUAUCUAAAAAAAUUUAGUUGAUGUUAGACAGAUCAAGCAAAAUGUGAAAAAUAUUAUCAAUUUAGAAAACUUAUAAGCAAAAAGAUAAAGAGAUUAAGUCUCAUCUUAGUAGAACCUAAGGAUGCUGAGAAACUCUUUAAGCAAUUCUAUUUCAACCAACGGAUAAUAGAAUUUUAGAUAAGAAAAUAAUCAUCAAAGAGCAGUUUCUUAAAUGAAUUAAAGAUAUAGCAGAAAAUUGAAAUUGCAUAAUCAGAUGCAGAUUGAUGAUAUUAAUGCUUAAUAAUCAUAAUUAUAGAAAGAAAACUCAAUUGAUAAUCUUUCUCCAAUUCACAAAACAAUUAAAGAAUCAUCAGAGUAAAAUUAAUAUAUUAGAAGCUAAAACUUUGAGAGAGCUUACCAGAAGUUAACUCCUAAAAGUAAUUAAUUGUAAUAACACUCUAAUAAAAAUGAGAUAUAAAAUAGUUCUAAAAAUAAUUUCUUCUAAUUCAGCAACCUUAUAUAGCCAAAUAAAAUAGACUAAAAUUUCAUAAAAAGAUAAAUUAAUGAAUAGCCUAUGAAAAUUCAUCCUGGAAUCAAAGUUCAUCCUAAUAUCUCUUUAUAGAAUAUUGGAAUACAAAGUCCAAAUUAGAAAAGAUAAAUUUUAUAAAGACAAGUGUUUGACAACCCUCCUGAUAUUGAUGAUGAUGUUAUCCCAAUAUAGAAUCCUUUGAUUUACAAUAAAAAUUACACAUCUUCUAAAAAUCUAAUUUAAGGGGUUAGUUCUAAAUUACUCUAGCAACAAAUGAAAACUGCUUAUGAGUAAUCAAGCAAAUCCUCUUCUAGACCUCUUACACCCCUAUAAGAAAAUCCUAUGGACCAAAUAGCUUAAUUUGAAUUUAAGUUAGCAAAAAAUAAAACCAAUUAUUGACUCUAUAGUUUAUAAAAUAUUCACUCAAACUAAAAAGGAAAAAUCAAAAAAUUGAUUAAAAAAUAAUAUGAUUUUUCAAUCACCAUUAAGAAAAUUUGAAAGUUUUUUGAGAAAUAUAAUAGAAUAUUUAUGUUCAUUUUUUUUAUUUGUUGAACUUUUUGUAAUU